AUGGUCUCAACAUGUUGUUGGAAUAAUCUAUAUAAUUGUUCUUUUAUUCUAUUUUUAUUCUUUUAUUCUUUUAUUCUAUGUCAGUUUUUAUUAAGCAGUUACCAUCAUUACUUCCAGGAAUAUAAUGAUGUUCAGUGUCAGCUUUCUGGUGGUGUAUCUAAAGACAAGUCAAUUUCUUUAUCUUGGAAAACAUUCUUUUUAUUUUCACUGACGUCCAUUGAUGAUAAUGACGCUAUAAGCUAUGUUUUUCUUUCCUUUUUUUUUCUGAUUUUCUUUUUUUGCAUUCCCCUAUCUCUCAUUGUUCCCCCUCCACUCUCUCUCUCUCUCUCUCUCUCUCUCUCUCUCUUUGUGAAAAUCUCUUCUUCUUUUUUUCUUUUUGCAUCUUAUUUGGAUGGUUUGCUUUGCUUAGGAUUAGAAAUAGCCCAAAUAAAUGGACAAUUUUCUUCGGCGGAGAAACAGAAAGACGUAUCGAAAGGUAACUAA